AUGGACGGACUACACAUUGGAACUUCUGCGGACAACUUUUUUCAAACCGAUCACGACCUAGCCGUCCAAAGACGUCGAGCAGCCAAGCAAAACAACAAAGCCGGCGAUCCAAUUGUUUGCACUUCCAAAGUUCUAUGCAUGCUGCUUCCUGAUGAGCCGGAUUAUGUCUAUUUCGGGGAAUCAGGAUUCGUCGCGAAAAAGAAGAAUUUGUUGUCCGGCAAGACUGUAAAGACAUUCAGCGGACAUAAUGGCCCGGUCACCCGCCUUGCCUUAUGGCGUAAAGAUGGGACUGGCGAAUGCCUCAUCACAUUUACUUCGCACACUGAUUUCGUGAAGUCCCUUGCAAUUUCAAACACAAGAUCAAAGCUUUACUCUGGCUCCUCAGAUAAAGACAUUCGUUCAUGGGAUCUUAUCACUGGUGAGCCGUUACAAGUAUUCAAGGGUCAUACACGAGGUAUCGAGGAUCUCGCCUUCGAUGAAGGAGAAAACUUUUUGUACUCUGCAUCCUCGGACAGGCUUGUAAUGAAGUGGGAUCCUCUAACCGCAAAGUGCUUGCAAGUAUUUGAAGGGCAUCUCACGAGCAUAUACGCUUUGCAGAUUUUCGAUGAUGAGAUGUGGACAGCCUCGGCCGAUACGACAGUCAAAAGAUGGGAUCUGAUAACUGGAAAACCGGACACGACCUUUGAGCAUUCCGAUUUUGUCAAGUGCAUCGCAUUCUUCGGAUCAUUUGUUAUCACUGGCUCGCGUGAUGAGACGAUUCGAGUUUUUGAUAUUGGGAGCGGGGAAUUGAUUAAUGAAGUUGAAGGACACUUUGAUGAAGUAUCUUGUAUGGUAGUUAGAGGAUCCACGCUAUACAGUGGUUCCUUAGAUUGUACAAUAAGAAAGUGGUCUCUCGUUGACAUUGUUAGUCCGACGAAAGACAAGGGGGCAGAAAGUCGAGAGAAAACUGAAAGUGAGCCUGUCCCUCAGAAGGAAGUGCCUGGUGUAACGCUCACUGAGGAGGAGGAGCGAGAGCUUGCAGAAUUACUGGAGAGUGACGAUGAUUAA